GUUGCAACAGUUCACAACUGCUCUUCCAGUCAGAACAGCAUUUACCAGUAAUAAAUCUACAAAUGAGUAGAAGAGAUAAAAGGACACUUGGAGAUGGCAAUAUUUCUUCUCCACCUGGGACAGCUAAAAGACAAAAAAGGCAUUCUAGCCCUGAGAGAAGAGGUGCCGCGGACAACGAACAAUAUGAUGUAAUUGCAGAGAAAAUGAACAACCGCAGAGGUCGUGCAGAGACUUCGUUCACUGUGUCGUGCACACAGCAGCUGGGCGAACUCCGUGGACGAAGACACUACACAACAAAGCCUGUGACUGGGGUGAAUAUUACAACAGCCAAGUCAGUUAUGAAAAAAAUUCAAUCCGAUCUACAUAAAAAACUACAUGAAGACAGCUCCAGCCCCAAAAAGCUCAUUCAGUAUAUCAGACAAAACAUCUCAAAACUGGACAAAAGAGAUGAAACAAAGAAAACUACUGUUGGAGUGGUUGGGAGGACAGGGGCUGGGAAGAGCUCUUUGAUAAACGCUAUCCUGGGAGAAAAAGACCUGUUACCAUCAGGAACCAUUUCUGCCUGUACUUCAGUCAUCAUACAGGUUGGAGCCAACAUAACAGACUCCAAGUACAGUGCUGAGAUUGAAUUCAUCUCAAAAGACGAAUGGGAAGAGGAACUCAAAACGCUUCUUAAUAUUUUAUCGGAGGACGGUGAGGAGAGGGAUAAUGCAAUGGUCAAUACAGCCAAUGAGAAGAUUGAAGCACUGUAUGGGGAGGAAGGUGUUAAAAUGAGCGUAGAAGACCUCCUGAAAGAUGACAAAUUCUCAGGAAUUCCAGAGUUUCUCAAAUCUGGAACCAAAAAGAUAACAUGUGAGACAGCUUCAGAUCUCUCGGAUGAGAUUAGGUGUUAUGUUAAGAAUGAUGAUUCAAGCCCUGGAGGAUGUUACUGGCCGGUAGUCACGAGUGUGACCAUCAAUGUUCCAAACUGUGAAGAUUUUCUAGAACACAUUUUAAUAGUUGAUCUCCCUGGAACUGGAGAUUACAACAAGAGCAGAGAUCAGAUGUGGAGAUCGAAACUGAGAGAGUGUUCUACUGUGUGGAUCGUAAGUGAAAUAAACCGUGCUGGUUCUGAAAAGGAGACCUGGGAACUUAUUUCUAACAAUAUAAGAGACAUGGCACAAGGUGGAGAGUGCAGCAGCAUCUGCUUCAUAUGUACCAAAACUGAUGACAUUGACCCACAGAACUACAUGAGAUCCACAAAGCUCAGGGAUGAAGACUUGCAGAUCACACCAAAGGACUCUCAGUACAAUAACAGAAAAUCCAAAUGCAUACUGCACAGGAAUAACAAAGCCAAGGAAACGGUGCAGAAGAAUUUUAAACGAUCUACAGUUAAGAAACAUUUAAACUGUGACGAUACAUUCCUUUCUGUGUUCACUGUGAGUUCUACAGAAUUCACCAAGACAGAUCCAAUCCUGACACCAGAGGAAACAGAGAUCCCUAAACUCAAAGAACUUUUGAGGGAGUACAACAAUAACCGGAAAAAUAAAAUGAUAAUUCACUACAUCUCUGGAGCACAUGGAAUCCUCUCCCUAAUUCAAGGUUUCAAGGUAAGUGACACUGAAAUGAUGGAAAACAAAUCCAGACUACAUGAGAACUUAAACAAAAAUCUUGACAAUGCACUUGAACACUUGCAAGACUACACUGGCCAAAUCUACAGGUGUCUGGAACUGCAUCUUUCGGAAGGAGCAAGAAAAUCUGAAGAAAAAUGUGCUGCAACUGCAAAAAAACUAAUAAAACCGGUAAAUGGAUUUCACCAAACACUGACAGCACUGUGCAAGAAUCAUGGGUACUGCAGGUCUAGGAAUGGACAUAAAGAUCUGAAUACAGACUUGGUCAAAGACAUGUUGCAAGAAAUUAAUAAAGCAUUCAGUGACUUCUUCCCGCUUGAGGGCAAUGUAACCGAGAAAUCACUGCAAGCACACAUUGAUAAAUUUACUAUCAUCCUGGAGAAUGAGAUCACAGAAUACAAAAAUUCUACAGUGCUGACAUUCCUUGAAACUGAGGAAAUGAAAGUGAAAGAAAUGCUUAAAGAAGAAAUUGUUGAGCGAAAAAAGGAAAUAUACGCAUCUCUUUCUGAAUCAAUUAAAACCACUAUGCUGCCCUGCUAUCAGAGGGCUGCUGCCAUUAGUGGAACUGGCUCUAUGAGGGUGAAGCAGGAAAUGCUGUUGAAACACAUAAAAUCAUCAAAAAGUGAAAUGUUCCAGACAGCAAAAAAAAAUAUGCUUGAACUGCUGGUUGAAACAAUGAGCUACAUCACAAAUGAGAUAAGAACAAGACUAAUGGAUUUGCUGACGCAUUCACUUGUUGGUGCAAACACCUUGUCUUACAAGAAUGUGUCCGAAGACAUGGAAGAAAUAAAGAAGUUAUUAGCUCAGGUCUCAGAUUAG